AUGAUGGCGCGCAAAUCGACGCGACUCUCAGAAAAGGAAAAUUCUUCAUGUAUGAAACAGUGUAACCAAGCAAAAACUGCUACUACGACUGGACGAAGAGGUCGGAAACGCAAGGUUGUUGAAGACGAAGUCACUCCAACAAAAGCAUUGAAGACUCCUAGAAGGGGUCGUACAGCUCAUGCCAAAGUGAAGCUUUCAUACUCUGACUUUGUUUCUCUUGAAAUAGGAGAUCGGGUCCUGUCUUGCGGUGAAGGUGAGCAACUCGGUCACCCUGGACGCACUACAACAAAGAAGCCCAGGAAAGUGGACAUCAUAGAGGAUGAAGGCUUACAGAUUGUUCAGGUGGUGGCUGGUGGCGUUCAUUCUGCCCUUUUGACUGCUGAUGGAGAUGUUUACAUGUGUGGAAUUAACGAACAAGGAACCGUCCCUGCUAUCGGUCUGGUUUUAAACAGCGGAAAUAGCGAACUAUGA